AUGCCUGCGAUUGAAAUUAAUGACACUGACAUUUACAUCAUUUGUAAUGAUGAUAUUGAACUUAUAAGGUUAAUUGUCUCUAGUCUACGUGAAAAAGGCGCAAGUAAAAUCCAUCUCCUGGUCUCUGAUAAUCAAGCUCAAAGAAUUACUGAAAGUUAUGAAACCUUCAAUGAAACAAUAAUAAAGGGUACAUGGGAAGAAACUUCUGAUUUUGAAUGCGUCUUAACGA